AUGGGUCCUGAUCAACAUGCUCAACUGGAUGCCUUUGGGUUGAUCUUCCCAUUGCCAUUACGGAUAGCUGCGCUUCUGGUUGCUGGUUUCUGGGGAUGGGGUCUUAACCUUCAAUAUUUGGCAAAAGCCAACAUUGACGUUCCUGCUCUCGUGAAGUAUCCCGGCCGCACAUCCUCCGCCCAACGCCCGCACCACACCGCCGUCUACCGCCUGGCAACAUGCUUCACUAUCCCCCUCGUCCUGUGGUGGGUUGUCUUUUCGCUCGCCACCCGCCGGUCCCCUGACCUGGUAGAGCGACUGGACUGGAUUCCGCAGUCCGUUUUUAUUGUCCUCCUCCUUAUCCUGAUCUGGCCCUUAAACCGCGCAUCUCGUGCUGGCCGCAUUCGGUUCCUCCUUACCCUCAAGCGGGUCGCGAUUGGUGGUCUAGCUGAGUCUCAAGAUGGCAAGUUUGGUGAUGUUCUGCUGGCAGAUGCCCUGACUAGCUAUGCUCGCGUGCUGGGAGAUCUAUACAUCAGCUUCUGCAUGUUCUUCACCGACGGCCUCGCCGCAACCUCCAAGCCCAACCGAGCGUGCGGCAGCGAAAUCGUCGUGCCUAUCAUUAUCGCGUUUCCCAGCUUGAUCCGUUUCCGUCAGUGUCUGACCGAAUAUGUGCGCGCGCGCCGCACCACCACCCGGAGAGAUACACAAAAGGGUAACCAGCACUUGGCCAACGCCCUCAAGUACGCUACUGCGUUCCCUGUCAUCUGGAUGGCUUCCAAGAUGCGCAACUAUAACCCGUUGGACUUCCACGGGUACAGCGAAAUGAGCAUGAUGCGUCUCUUGUUCAUCGUCUCCUUUAUCAACUCAGCAUACUCAUUCUGGUGGGAUGUUGUCAAGGAUUGGGACAUGACCCUCUUCUCUCCUGAACGCCUCGACAGCGAUCACCCCUACGGACUCCGCCGAUACCGCUACUUCUCAUCUGAUAAGUUAUACCACUACGUCAUAAUUGCGGAUCUUGCACUUCGUUUCUCAUGGCUCUGGCGCAUUGUGCCAGGCUUCGGCUGGAUCCCAGAAACCGAGGGCGGUCUUUGGAUUCUGAUGCUCCUCGAAAUUGCACGCCGCUGGAUGUGGGUAUUCUUCCGAACGGAAGCCGAAUGGAUUCGGAAUACUCAUGGCCCUGGCCCCGACGAUGUUCUCCUCGGCGAGUACAACCACAAGUUUGAUGCGGACUAA